ACUUCCUCCGGUUCCUUACUAUACAUACACCUUCUAAACUCCAGAAUUCUGUUCUGAGUCCACCAGGAAUUUGCAGGAAAAAAAUAAAAGGAGCUGCAGUGUAGAUUGAAUUAAUUACUUACUUAAAAGGAGCGGAGAUUUUGAUUUGGCGGCGGCGGAGGUGUGGUGGUGUUGAAUUGAAUGGCGGUGGAGUACAGAUGCUGCGAGACGGAAUUCUUCAUUCACAUUGGGGUGAUUGUGUUUCUGGUGCUGUUUGCGGGCCUGAUGUCCGGGCUUACUUUGGGCCUCAUGUCCAUGAGCCUCGUCGAUCUCGAAGUUCUCGCCAAAUCAGGAACCCCAAAGGACAAACAACAUGCCGCAAAGAUUUUGCCAGUUGUUAAGAAUCAGCAUUUAUUGCUUUGCACUUUGCUUAUCUGCAAUGCCGCAGCUAUGGAGGCCCUUCCUAUUUUCCUUGACAGUCUAGUCACAGCUUGGGGCGCAAUCCUUAUCUCCGUGACUUUAAUACUUCUGUUUGGCGAGAUCAUUCCACAAUCUGUUUGCUCGAGACACGGACUUGCUAUCGGUGCAGCUGUGGCUCCAAUAGUUCGAAUUCUUGUCUGCAUCUGUUUUCCGAUUGCAUAUCCUAUUAGCAAGUUGUUGGACUUGCUGCUCGGCCAUGGGCACAGAGCUCUUUUCCGGCGUGCCGAGUUGAAAACACUUGUUAAUUUACACGGCAAUGAGGCAGGUAUAGGUGGAGAACUCACACAUGACGAAACAACUAUAAUUGCUGGUGCACUCGAACUCAGUGAGAAGACUGCUAGUGAUGCCAUGACUCCAAUAUCCGAAACGUUUGCAAUUGAUAUAAACGCAAAGCUCGAUAGGAGCUUGAUGAAUCUAAUUUUGGAGAAAGGACAUAGCCGAGUGCCUGUCUACUACGAGCAACCUACAAAUAUCAUUGGACUUGUUCUCGUCAAAAAUUUGUUAACCAUUCAUCCAGACGAUAAAGUAUCGGUGAAGAGUGUCACGAUUCGCAGAAUCCCAAAGGUGCCUGAAACUAUGCCAUUAUACGACAUCUUGAAUGAAUUCCAAAAGGGACACAGUCACAUGUCUGUGGUUGUACGACACUCGACCAAAUUGACUCACCACCUUUCUUACCAAGCACCGCUAGAUAAUUCGGUCAAUGACGUGAGAGUUGACAUUGACCGUGAAAAGUCAAUGGACUCGAGUGUAAAGACGAGAAGGCCACUUCAGAAAUGGAAAAGUUUCCCAAACAAUGGAAACGAUUCUUUCAAGGGCACACCUAGGAGCAAGAAAUGGACAAAGAACAUGUAUUCGGACAUACUGCAACUAGACGGAAGUCCUCUGCCAAAGCUUCCGGAAGAAGAAGAGGCUGUCGGGAUUAUAACCAUGGAAGAUGUUAUUGAAGAGCUUUUGCAGGAAGAGAUAUUCGACGAAACAGAUCACCAUGUCGAUGAGUCGUGACCAUAUAUAUUAUUUGUGGCUGUAUGGAACUAUAUACAAAUGCUGUUGUAAGGACUUAUGUUGUUAAAGUUUUGUUUGGAUGGUUGUAAA